AUGUGGCUUAAACCAAACAACCAAAGCCAAUAUGUCUACGGAAAGGCAACGGAUGAUCGUGGUAGUGAAGAUGAUUUUCGACGGAGAGGCAGCGGCCUGCGCGUGGCUCCAUGCAGCAAUCUGCAAAUAGGGACCAUGGCGUGGUCACCUCUUCGCCAAGAAGAUCCCCUGUAUGCAACGGAAGGCGCCGCAUCGCAUCAUUGCGAAGGCACAGUUGCUCAGAUUCCGCCCAAGGCCUCUGGGAAUUCUUCCCAGAGCGGCAGCAACCAGGCACCGCCGCCACCUCAGCGACAGAAAACCUUCGAGCAAGCAUGA